CAAGGACAACAACCACCCCAGCCACUGCCUGUUCACCCCGCUACCAUCCACAAGGCGAGGUCAGUACAGGGGGAGUUUGUGGUGCAUGCAGCGAUGACCCCACUAAAGGAGGACAAUCCUGGUGGCCUGAUGAAUGAGGAUGACAAAGACUACAUCCUAGAUCACGCAGAACAUCUGAACCGCAUGGUUCCUGGAGGACUGUCUGUGAUGGGCAUGUUUGUGGUCUCCCCGUCCCAUCAGACCAAAGAGAGCCAUAUGAACAUGAGGCGGACUAUCGUUGCUGUGGAAAAUCGUGUAUCUGAGGACAGGCUUUGGGGUUUGUCAGAGGAGGACACCAAUGACAGAGUGAUGCUUCAUAUCUGCUCCAACACCAACAUAGUGACUUGCUGGAUUAUGAACAUUAAAGAACCCAGUAAAUCUUCUAAAUCUGCGACAUGGAGUUACCUGCAGUGGAUGACAGCGUUCUGGCCUGUUGCAGUCUGCCCCAUGGACAUCGACCUCAUGUUCCCUAUCAAGGACAAGACCCGCCACGGUUUGAUGCAGGCCAUGAAGGAUGGGAUGAUGAGGUGGGCAAAGAAGACUGAGGCCAGUGUUUGUCUCCUCAACAACAAAAAGCUACCAGCUAAGACAAAUUUGAACCCCCCAACUAAGAGGAACGAUUCACAAAGGAUAAAGAUUCAAGGUCAGAUCUUCAUCCCAACGGCAGGGGGCAAGCUGGGGGAGAGGCCGUCCACUGCGUCAGUGCAGGUAUGCAGCUGUAUCCUGAGACUGAAGGGGAGUCUGGGGUGCAGAGCGUACAUGAACCCUGCAAGGACCACUGCCAAGACCACCACCAUGUACAUCAAGAGGGACAUCAUCAGGAGUGUCUACAGCAGUGCCAAAAACUUCUUUCAACAUCUGAUAAAUGAUGAAAACUCAGCGAAGGCAUUCAUGGGCUCCCAGGCCUUGGCCAAGCGGGUGUUCUUCCUGGUUCCCGACACUGGCAUCUCUCUGUGUGACUAGACACUCUCCUCUGAGACUGAGGCAGCUGUCCAGGAGAGGGUGAGGGAGUGGGCAGGCUUCACCAUCCCUGAUGGGCAGCUCCAUAUCACCCAGCAGCUGGUACAGGGAAGGUUGGAGUGGCACCAAGGUGUGGCAGUGGCUUCAGGAGUCUCCCUAGUGGCCUGUCUCAUCUAUAGGCUCUUCCUAGAAGAGUGACGAUGUGGCCCACGGAGUCAAGCGGUUCAAUCCCAGGAUCUGGCAUGCAAAGGACAUCAGAACAUCCCAGUGAUUCCCGUAAAUUAAAGGGGCCUGUGCAAUGAUAUGGAAGUUAAGAUGUGUUUUUUCCAUUUCUAUUAACACAUUCCAGUAACAGAUGACAGUGUGUCUAGGAAUACACUUCCUGGGUUCAUUGUUAGAGGGGCCCAUUCAUAUUUGCGGCGUGAGACGGCAAAGUCACGUGGAAGGAGCAAUUUAUUUUCACGUGAGAUCAGAGCAGCUGCUAUAGUUUUACACUCUAACGGGAGCAUCAUGCCCCAGACCGGGUCCUCAGCCCUGUGUCAUGCCUCAUGAUGUGACAUCAUCAGAAAUUUGCUUCCUGCAACACAAACUCAAAAAAGUUCUGGGACACUGUAAAGUCCUUGGAGAAUAAGAGCACCUCCUCCCAGCUGCCCUCUGCACUGAGGAUAGGAAACUCUGUCACCACCGAUUAAUCCACUAUAAUUGAGAAUUUCAAUAAGCAUUUUUCUACAGCUGGCCAUGUUUUCUACCUGGCUAUCCCUAACCCGGUCAACAGCACUGCACCCCCACAGCAACUCGCCCAAGCCUUCCCCAUUUCUCCUUCUCCCAAAUCCAGUCAGCUGAUGUUCUGAAAGAGCUGCAAAAUCUAGACCCCUACAAAUCAGCCGUGCUAGACAAUCCGGACCCUUUCUUUCUAAAAUGAUCUGCCGAAAUUGUUGCAAUCCCUAUUACUAGCCUGUUCAACCUCUCUUUCUUGUCCUCUGAGAUUCCCAAAGAUUGGAAAGCAGCUGCGGUCAUCCCCCUCUUCAAAGGGUGGGACACUCUUGACCCAAACUGCUGCAGACCUAGAACUAUCCUACCAUGCCUCUCUAAAGUCUUCGAAAGCCAAGUCAACCAACAGAUUACCGACCAUUUCGAAUCCCACCGCACCUUCUCUGCUAUGCAAUCUGGUUUCAGAGGUGGUCAUGGGUGCACCUCAGCCACACUCAAGGUCCUAAACAAUAUCUUAACCACCAUCGAUAAGAAACUAUACUGUGCUGUCGUGUUCAUUG